AUGCCGCGUCUUCCAGGGAUAUUCCCGUGUAACUCAAUAUAUAGCAACCUGAACCACGUCCUAUGGCGAGCAAAAGAAUUCGCAAUCCCGGAUAAUAUCAUUGCCACUGUCCCAUGGAUAAGUUGGUUCAUAUGGAAAGCUCGUAACGACAAAGCUUUCAACGGCAGGGACAUCACUCCGCUGGAGACCAUCCAUCUUGCCAAGUCUGAGGCGGAAAGCUGGAAACUCGCCCAGAUCAUAGGGAAGCCGCACGAGGAGGAAGCUAUAGUCGAGGAAGCUGUCCCACGACCUCCCCCACCGCCCAUUCCAAAAUGCACGAUUGACGCCUCCUGGCACAAAGAAGAUAAUUUUUUUGGAGGAGGAAUGAUCUUGACGACAGAGGAUGGGGUGUCGACAUUUGGUUCAUUCGCUAGUAACCGUGUCUUAACCCCCUUACAUGCGGAGUUCCAAACUCUACUGUGGGCCAUGAAAUCCUCUAUUCAGUUAGAUCAUAGUACAGUGACAAGACAGACUGCCUUCAGCUAG